UUUUUUUUUUUUUUUUUGUCUCCUCUCGGUUUUGCACUAAACCAUUUUGAAACGCUACACCGAAGAGUGACCCCCCCCCCCCGUUACAAAACCCAAGUCUUUUCAUUCACACAACAGACUCCGUUUAACAAGACUCUACAAGCAUGCGCGCUUCUCUGGCAACAAUGCUGGUCGUUUUGCUGGCCACGGUCGCGUUCACAACACAGCCGCAGACAGUUGAGGGCGCUGACACCUGCUUUAGCCCCUACCAAUCGUGCGAUAGCUGCGCAACGCAAACAACAGCUACGUGCUGCUCAGCACUGGUAAUUUGUCUAGUAGGCACAGUCACCUGCAACAAUCGUUGCUGCGCCGGCUUUGGCACCUCUUCUUGCAUCGCAUGCCCAGCCGUCUCGGGGAACAUCUGCAAUGGCCACGGAUUAUGCAACGACGGCUACUCGGGCGACGCAACUUGCGUGUGCACUGACGGAUACUCUGGGACCAAAUGUGAAAUCCCACCAUACCGCUCAACUACGCCGGUCUCUGUGACGCCUGUUUCCACCACCGUCUCGAGCACACGGUCGUCGGCAACGCCUGUUUCUUCGGCAACGCCUGUUUCUUCGGCAACGCCCGUUUCGUCGGCAACACCCAUUUUUUCGGCAACACCCAUUUCAUCGGCAACACCCGAGUCCUCUGCAACACCUGAAUCUUCCAUCACAUCUCUGUCAUCCCUCUCGGAGCUGUCAUCUGCUACUGCAGCGAUCAGCGCGGAGUCUUCGUCCGAUCUCGUGCUGUCUUCGGGCGAUUCGGUGCACACAACUCACUCCGAUGGCUUCGCACCAUCAUCGUCCGUCAUCGCUUUGGAGAGCUCGUACACGGGCGCUGUAACCUCGACCAACCAAGGAGGUGACGCGGAUCCAACCCCGAUCAUUAUUGGAGCGGUGGUCGGUGUCUUGGUCGUCCUUAUUGUUGUGCUGCUGCUCGUCCGCCGGCGAAGGCGUGCGAAUGGCAAGUUGGCCACCACGAAAUCAGUCGAUCGUUUGGCGGCAAAGCCCGCGUCUCGCCCCUCGAGUCAAGUCGUCUCGCAUGCAAAUCCCUUGCACCACGCUGUUAUAUUGGGUCCUGCGGGCUCCAGCAGCAUGCGAGCAAAGCCGAGGACGCGCCCCGAUGUCGAAAACUAUGUGGAGCCUGACGAUGUGAUUGUGCCGCGACGACCGAGUGCUGCCAAUAACCGUGCCUCGACUUCCAAUAACCGUGCCUCGACUUCCAUUACGAUCAAUGUGCCCACUGAGGAUGUUUAUGACCAAGUUGGUCGCGUGCCGAGCUCAUACGGAACGGUCGGGCGCCAUCGAGGCGCCUCGCCCAACACCUACGAUUCCGCUCAAGAUGCCCGAACAUACGCAGCAGCAGCAGCAGCACAGCCCAGCUCGUAUGCCUCUGCACAAGAUUCCGUCUAUCACUCUACACAGGACACCGUCUAUGCUACGACCCAGGACGAAACCACGGCGAGCGAGCACCCAGACGAGCAAAUCUACGACCAGACGGGGGAUCCCGCGGCCAUGGCAUCGCUCUUUGGGAAAAUGCUCGACUUUGACAUGGCACCGAAUCGCGCGGUCUCGCCUCCAAGUGCCCCUGCAUCACGUAGCUCCGCUGCUCCGCCUCCAAUGUCUGGUGCAGGGCCAUCUCGCAUUUCCGCCGUUCCAGUACCAUCACGAAACUCUAUUGCGACUACCGCCGCUCCUGUCCUGUUCACUUCCCCUAUGAUUGCCCGCAAUAAUCUGCAGCUGCUUGAUCUUCUCGGCGAGGGCCAGUUCAGCCAAGUUUACCGCGCCACCUACCGCGCCGCGGCCAGUGCUGCUCCUAUGAUUGUUGCCUGCAAAAUUUUGCGGGAGGACGCGAACGCCAAGUCGCGCGCUGAUUUCAUUGAUGAGGCCGAGUUGCUGCAAAAACUGCGCCACCCCACCAUCGUCGGAAUGAUUGGCCUCUGUGUUGAUCAAGGCAACGGCAGCACAAGUCCCACCGAUCCUGCCAGCGCCAAGACCGUCGUGCCAGGGGCGUUGACACCGUACAUGAUCGUGCUCGAGUACAUGCCGUUUGGUUCUCUUGACGUGCUCUUGCACAAGUGUCUGUCUCGCAACUUUGCCAUCAAGACGGCGGAAAAGCUAUUCAUGUGCCAACAGAUCGCCCAGGCACUCGAGUACUUUGCGUCGGUAAAGUUCGUCCACCGCGAUCUUGCUACGCGCAACUGUCUUGUGGGACCAAACUGCACGAUCAAGAUUGUUGAUUUUGGUCUAUCGAAGCUGAUGGCUGAGGACACCGACUACUACACUGUGCAGUCUCGUGGUCGUCUGCCCAUCCGCACGAUGGCGCCCGAAAGCCUGUCGUACCGGCGGUUUACGUGUGCCAGCGAUGUGUUUUCGGCCGGUACCGCUUUUUGGGAGGUGUUUUCCAAUGGCGCCAUUCCCUGGGAGGAUGUUGAAGUUACCAAGCUGCUCGAUACGUACGAAUCUGGCGAACGGCUCAAGCGCCCCGACCGUUGCCCUGAAGAAAUGUACAAUGUCAUGUUGCGCUGCUGGGCUCAAGACCCGAACACGCGCCCAACGGCGCAAGAAGUUGCCGCCGAGAUUGCAGCAUUGAAGGCCUACAAUGCCGCGGCCAUUCGUGAUGUCGGCGCCAUGCUGCUCAAUCAAGAAGCUGCGGCUUCCGAAGCGCCACCAGCCUAUGCCGAGUGAGGAAGGGUUUGCCUCUGUUAUUUUUUUUUUGUUAUUUUGUUAGCAAGGUUGAUUGCGCCCACUUUCGGUGUACAUAGCAUUGGCAAUGGACUACCUGUUCAAGAAUCUAUAUAUCGAUAUAUACACACAAACACAAC